AAAUGCUGGAGCGUGGCAUUGAUUACGUUAAUCGUGAUUUUUAUUGCCUUAGCUCUCGAGCGAUCAACCGGGCUCCUAUACAUAGCCUUCAUGGAGGAAUUUCGGGUGGACCGUCAAGCCGCCUCUUGGCCCCAGAGCCUUAUGACAUGCCUAAGCGGCCUCAGUGGUCUUGCCGUGGGACUGCUUCAGAAAAGAUAUUCCAUCAGAUACAUUGCAGUUGCAGGAAGUGUUGUGGGAUGGAUUGGCAUAAUAGCAUCAGGAUUUGCUCCAAAUAUUAUCUGGAUGUCUAUCACUAUGGGAGUCAUUCACAGUAUCGGGAGCGGCGCAGUCUACUUGGCGGUGAAAAUAUUUACAGUAAUGUAUUUCGAGAAGUACAGAAGCACUGCGUUAGGAAUCGCUCUUGUCGGGAUCACAGUCGCAGGUUUCGUUUUUCCAAAGCUGCUCUUGUAUUUAAGAAGUGCCUAUGGAUUUUCAAAUGCUCUGCUUCUUCUGGGUGCCCUUUCGAUGAACUCGACUCCGCUCAUCUUUUUGCUUAAGGUUCCUCCUUGGAGCAAACUUAGUGAAAGGAAAGAGUCAACGUCCUCACUUCGUCCACUCACGACUGUCUAUGUUAUUGAAGGCAACGUAGAUCGCGAAUAUCCGGCAGCUGGUCAAUCUUCUUUUAUAUCAUCUCAAAAUACGCGGGCGAAUAUUGCAAUAAUGUGGUCUCCCGUCUUCCAUAUUGUCAUCUGGUCGACAGCAGCUACAUUUACACUUGACCUAACGUUUCUUACGACAAUCGCCGACUAUUCUGAAGACAAGGGUCUUUCCCUCGAUGAUGCUGUUUGGAUAUCGUCGUGUUUUUCGUCAACCAAUCUUCUGGGACGCCUGUGCCUUCCAUUGCUUGCCGACAAACAAUACCUUCGACGUAGCACAUUGUUGACGCUUACACAGCUUUUGACUGGUGUCGUCAUGGUGAUAACUCCUUUUGCUGCCACGUACUGGUCCAUCGCGACCAUUGUCGCAUUAGCAUCAUGUUUUGUCGCCUGUUCGCUUGUUCUGCACGAAGUGCUAAUAGCUGACUACUUUGGUGUCGAGAGCUACGGAUUUAUUCAAGGUAUCAUUGGCCUCGUGAGAGCUCCUCUUCAACUUUGCAAUCCUGUUCUUGCUGGAAUCUUUCGUGACCGAAUGGGGGCGUAUGACAACUUGUAUCGAUUUCAAGGAGGACUCAUUCUCUUUUUCGGACUGUUGUGGUGGACGAUCGUGUACUGCGAAGGAAGGUGUCCGUCAUUUUUUCCCAGCAUGCGACCAGAGGAGACAAUCAAAUCAAAAGCCGUCCUUGAAAUGUCAACACACUCUGGCAGGCAGAUUUCACCAAACGCUGGCAAUCCAAGUGACCAUUCGGCUGAGUUCCGGGUAAUAUAG